AUGGAAAGAGAUAUAAAUAAAAACAAUAUUAAUUUUAAUGUAAAAGAUAUAAAUAACUUGUCUUAUUCCAAUUUGAAUAAAGGUAAUUUUUCAGAAACACGAAAUGAAUUUUAUCGAAAUGCUUCAGAUAUAGAGAAUUAUAAUACAACAAAAGGUAGAAAUAUACAGUUUACAAAUGUAGAUAAUUCAAACUGGAAUUAUGAUAAUUACACAUUAGAACAGAAUUGUGAUAUGAAUGGUUCUAAUGUCAACAUUUCAAAUGAAAAUAAUGCUUCUAACGAAAUAAACGCGAAUAAUGCAAAUACAAACUUAUCAGACUAUGCUAUUAUGAAUUAUCAAAAAAAAAUAAAUGAAUUUAAUAAUAAUUUAAUAAAACAAAAUUACAUGGGAUAUUUAGAUUCAAAUGGUGUCAACUCUAAUAAUGUAUACCACAAAAUUAAUAAAAUGAAUAAUGAAAAUCCCCCUUUUAAUAUAAUUUCAAAUAAUACUGAUAACAAUGCACAGCAUUUUAAUGCUAUGAAAUAUUCUGACUAUUAUAAUUCUAAUAAUUGUAUAUAUAACACAAGUAUGUUAAAUACUAGUGUAUCAUAUAAUGCAAAAAAUUAUUUAAAUAAUUCAAUUCCAUGUAAAAAUGAUUAUUUAAAACUCAAUUUAAACUCAGUGAAUAAUGUGAGUAAUCAUUUAAAUUUUUCAAAUAUGUCUAAUUCCAAUAAUGUUAAUUCAAAUCCAUUUAAUAGUAACAUAACAACAUCUAGUUUAAAUUUAAUAAAUUAUAAAAACUCUGUUAAUUCGAAUAAUAUGAAUUAUACACCCAAUAUGCUUAGUUUAGAGCAUACUGGAAAUAUUAACGUAUUUAAAGGAAAAAAUUAUAAUUUAAAUCAAUUUAAUGUAAUAAAUCUUCAAGAAUCAGAUUUGUCUAAUUAUUCUUAUAGAAAUUUUAAAAAUGUAAAUUUAAAAUCCAAUUAUCCUACCUCAUCUUGUAAUAUGAUUUCAAAUGAUAUUGAUUCGAGUAUCUAUAUUUGUUCGAAUAAUAAUAGUAACUAUUCUAAUAAAAAACAAUUAAAAAUUAAAUCCAUUAAUUGUAAUGAUUCUGAUGUAAUGAGGAAAAAAAUUAAUUCAUUAAUUUUAUCUGAAUCCAAUGCGUGUUCUAAUGAUAAACUUGGAUCACUAGCCGAUGAAAAUGUAAACUCAGAACAAGAAAGCAUAAAAUAUGAUAAUAAAAAUCACAGUAAUAUAACAAUGGAAAAUAAAAAGGGAAAAGGGACUAAAAUUAAAAAUACCAAUUUAAUAAGUAAGAAUUAUGAUAAUCAAAACAAAAGAUCCAAGGCUGAAUGUGAUAUAUAUGACAAUAGUAGAAAUCCUAUAAAAUUAAAUGAGGAUACAUAUGAUAAAAAUGAUUAUAACAAUGCAAAGGGAAAAUCCAAUAUAAAUGAAAAAAAAAAAAAUAAAGCUAUCCUGAAAAAAAAAAAAAGUAAUAUAAAACAUAUAACAAGCUUACCAAGUAAUCAUAAAAUUUCAAAGAAUGCAGAAAAAAAUAGGGAUUUUGUUAAAGCUACAAGCGAAAACAAUUCCAUAGGUGCUAAAGAACAGGUAUCAAGUAGUAAUAAAAAACAAAUAAUUGUAAAUAAAAGAAAUAGCUACGUUUUAAGAAAAAUAAUUAAUAUCCAAACUGCGGAAGAUAAAAUUGAAGAUGAAUUGUCUUGUCAAAAUAAUGGUGUGAAAACUGCAAACAAAAGGAAUUAUUCUGGUAAUGAUUUAAUCAAAGGGGCUGAAGAAAAAGGGCGUUUGGAAAAAAAUAAAAAUACAUCACAAGAAAAUAAUAGUAACAUCGUGAAAUCCUUGUCAAAAUAUGAUUUUCUUAUGAAUAAAAACGUGAUUAUAGAUACUGUUAAUGUAGGAAACAAAAGGAGAGGAAAUAAUCUACAAACUAAGUAUUCUGACGAAAAAUAUAAUAAUGAAUUAUCAGAAGAACAUGAUACUACUCAUUUAAUUGAUAAAAAAAGGAAAUUUAAUGACAUUAAUGAACAUAAAAACAACUCCAAAAACGGAAAGUAUAAUGGGACUAUAAAAGCAUGUGAUGUAAACGAAAAUAAAAUAAAAAAAUGUCACGAUGAAAAAAAUCCAGAAGAUAAAAAAAUUUCUAGCAAUAAAAAUGAGACUCAAAUAAAUACCAAAAAAGAAAUACAUGAAAAAGGAAUCACACGAGAUAAAAAAAAAAAUACAGAAAAAAAAAAAACAAAUAAUGAAAUAAUAAAAACAGAGGGAACCGUUUUGAAUAAUAAAAAAUAUAAGAAAAUAACAAUAAAAAAUGAUACAAAUUUUGAUAAUAAGGAAGAAAAUAAAAUAAUUUUUAAUGAACACACAAAAGAAAAUGAUAUGGAAAAAAUAAAAUUUGAAGAUGGAAAAGAAACAGAUGCUUUAAAUCAACAGAAAGAAACAAAUUCUGAUAAAAAUGAAUAUCUUAAAAAAUAUGCAAAACAAAAUGAUCAUAAAUUUUAUAAAAUAAAAGACAAAGAAAUAAAUAAUAUAAAAAGUGUUACACAAAAUGAAUAUAAUGAAAAAAAAUACUUGGAUCAUAAAAUUAUGGGGGAAGCAUCGAUAAAUGAGCAGAAUGGAAAAAACAAAAUAAUAAUUGAAGAAAAGCAUAAUACCUACGAAAAUAAUAUGGUAGUAGAAAAUGAGUGUGGAAAUAAUAAUAAUGAAAAUAAAUGUAAAAAGGAUGGCCAAGAAGAUGGUAAGGAUAAAACGAUGAUGAAAGUUUCUGAUGAAAACAAAAAUAAUGCAUUCGAUGAAUUAAUGAAUAAGAAUAAUGAAAUAAGUGAAGAAGUUGAUUAUAAUAAUGAAUGUAAAAGUAAAAUUAGUGGAAAAUAUUAUCUAAGAAAACGUAAAAAUGAAAUAAAUGAAAAAGAUAAUAAUGAAGAGUUAAUAAAUGAAACCCAUGAGUUAGAGAAAGAAAAAAUAUAUAAUAAUAAUAAUAAUAAUAAUGAAAAUUAUUAUGUAGACACAAAUCAAAUAGAUAAGUCAUACAAAGAAAAAUUAAACAUCAAAGAAAAUACUAAAGUAUGUAAUAAUAAUUCACCAAAUUACUUUAUUAAUCAUUGCAAUAAAAAAAAUCUAAGCAAUAGCAUAAAUUUAAACAAAGAAAACAAAUGUGAUAUAAGUAAUACUGAAAAAUCUACAAUGGAGAAUGAAACCAUACAAAAUAUUUGUAAAGUAGCUAAUGAAAACAAAAUAGAAGAAAUAAAAACUAAUAUGACCACAAGAAAUGAGUAUAUAAAUGAUAAAGGGAAUUAUAAAAUCGCAAAAUCUGUGAUUGAUGCAAAUAAUAAUAGUAGUAUGUAUGGGAAUUACGACAAAAAAGAUAGUGGUAAAAAUUUAGUAAGAGAUUUAUAUUCUUACACUGAUGGAAAUAAUAAUAUAAUAAAUAAUAAAAAAAACAAAUUUUGGGUGAACCUUGGUUCUAUUAGUUAUGUAGACAGCUUUGUUGGAAAGGGAUCCUAUGGAAAUGUCAGAAAAGUUUUAUAUAAUGUUGAUUUAAAUAGUGAGUAUUUAAAAUUUUAUAUCAAUAAAAUAAAUAGUUCUGAAUUUUCUAACCUUGUAAUGGACUGUAUAGGUUUGAAAAAUAUGUUAACAUGUAGCAAGGAAAUACAUAAAAACGAAAUACCCUCCAAUGAAUUACGUAAUAAUGUAAAAGGGCUAAAUAAAGAUCUGGAUAAUUAUAUAGAUAGUGUUGAAAAAAACGAUUUAAACGGUUUUAAAAACAAUAUGCUAAAAAAUAAUAAAGAAUAUAAUUGUCUUUGUUGUUAUCGAAAAAAAUAUUUUGAAAUGGCCAUUAAAGAAAUUGAUGUUAGUAGAAAAGGCAAUGAAUUUCAAUUUUUAAGAGAACAAGAAUUAUUAUGCCAUUUUAAUAGUAAUGUUAUAAAACCUUUAAGUACAAAAGUUGGAAAUUUAAAAGAAAAGCAAAAUUAUGAAAUAUUAAUGCAUUGUGCUAAUGGAGAUCUAAGAAAAUUAUUACAAAAUUUAAUAUAUCAUAGGAAAAAAGAAUAUGAAAAAAGAAAAAAAAUUAAUAAAAUUUUAAAACUAAUGCACAUUAUAUUUGGAAAAAAAUACAAAUGUUACAAAAAUGAAAAUGAUAAAAUGUGUAUAGGCCUAUGCUAUGAAAAAUUAAAAAAAAUUAAAAUUAAGUUAAAUAAUAGUGUCAUUGAAAUAAAAUAUCCUAAAUUUGAUUAUAUUUAUGAUAAUAUAAAAGCAUAUAAUUGUGGUUUAACUGAAUCAGAAUGCAAAUUUUUAUUUUUUCAAAUAGUAAAUGGCAUUAGUUUUUUGCAGACAUGUUAUCAAUCAAAUAUCAUACGUUUAACUGAUAUAAAAUUACAAAACAUUUUAGUUUUUACAGAUAUAUAUAAUGUUUAUAAUCCUAUGAAAUGGCAUUUGUGUAUAUCUGAUUUUGGUUGUUCUGCAAUGGAAUAUGCUACUUUUUAUUUAGAAAAUUCGAAAAAUUACAUAAAUGCAUAUAAAACAUUGUUAAAUCAAUGGAAGUAUCAAUUUAAAAAUCAGUUAUCUUCUUACUUUCAAGGAACUGUUUACACUAUGGCACCUGAAGGUUUAUGUUAUGAUCAUAUGGGUAAUUUUAGACAAUCGAAAUAUAAUAAGUUGAUUUAUUUUUAUGAACAAAAUUUUGGGAAUAUUGAAGAAAGAUUUCAAGAGUUACAAAUGCCAUUGGUUUCUAUUAAAAACUCGAUAAAUAAUUUUAACAUUUUAAACGUAAAUUCAUCAUCUAAUUUUCAUUUUUUGGAAAAGAAAGACGGUAAUUACGGAAUUAAUAACACAUCUAAUGACAUGGAUGCUUAUAAAAAUAGUAGUGAAGUAUGUAAAGGGGAAACAAAUAAAAAUUCAAAAAAAAAAAGUAGUACUAACAAAAAUGUGAAAGCUAAUGAAAGUGUAAAUACUAAUGGGAAUAAUAUAAGUUCAAAAAAGAAGGGAAAAGUAGAAGAGGAAAAUAAUGAUAAAAAAGAGGAAAGUGAUAAAAUGAAUUUGACCGAAAAUAACAAAAUUAAUAGUUCUCCAGAAUAUCUACCUUUCGAUGUCAGAAGUGAUAGCUGGUCAUUAGGGAUCAUAUUAGCAGAUUUAGGAAAGUGUGGAAUUGGUUCUUAUGAAUAUAUGAUUUCAGAAAAAGGAAAUGGAAAUAAUAAUAUAUCUAAAGGGAACAUUAUCGAUUUAAAUAAUAUAAUAUUAAAUGAUUUAAAUAUUUUAGAUGAUGAAGAAAAUUUUUAUUUACAAUAUAUAAUGAAUUAUUAUGAUAUUUUAAGUAUACAAUGGGAUAAUGAUGAAAUUGAAAACGAUCAAGUUAACAAAAAUGCAGAUCGAAAUAAAAAACGAAACAAUUCAGAAAUGGAAAAUAAAAGAAAUAAUAAUAGUAGUAAUAAAAACGAUUGUACUAAUAAUAAUUAUUCAAAAAAACAAAAAAAUAAAAGCUUGGAAAAUAAUAACAGUAAAGAAGGUGUUCCAGGAAAUAACUGUUUUGUUAUCGAUAAUAUCAACGAACCAAUACCAAAUGACAUUUCAUUUUGUAAAGACAAAUCGAAUGCUCACAAUAAUAAUUGUGAUAUGAAGGAAGAAACUAACAACAAUAAAAAUACGCUUUUAAAUAACAACCAAAUUAAAAGCACAUUAAAUUUUGAUGAAUGUAAUAAAAUCAAAGGAAAUAAUGAUAAUAGCGUGAAAUCCUUAGAAUUAUUUACAAAAUAUUAUAAAUCUUUUAUUUUAAAAUAUAAAGACGAUAUAAAAAUUGAUAAAAUUGCAUAUAUAAAAAAUGAAUUUGUAAAGUAUUAUAAAUUAUAUAAGCACAUGAUGAAUGAAAAUAAUAUUGAGAGAAUAUUAUUAUUGCUAUUUUUAAUAAUCAUUAAUAAUUUAACUUAUAAUUAUAGUUGUGAAACACAAUCAUUUUUGAAAAUUGAAUUAACCAUUAAAAAUAUUGGUUCAGGGAUAUUUAAAUUCAGAAAUAAAAAAGAAAAAGAAAGAUAUUUACAAGAAUUCAAAGCAAAUAUACAAAAAGAGUACAUGACUGGAAACAAAGAAUAUUGGAAUAGUAGAUUAACAAAUAAAUAUUUAGCUGUUAUUUUAAAAGAUGUUUGUUAUGAUAAUUUUGCAAAUAGAAAAAAAGGUAUUAAAAAAUGUUUUAAUAAGUUUGAAUAUCCAUUAAAUUAUAGUGAUGAUUAUUGGAAUUUGUUAGCAGAUCUUUUAAAUUAUAUGCCAUAUGAAAGAUUAUUAGCCUGUGAAGUUAUUGGACAUGAUUUUUUUUCACCAUCAAAUGAAAAAAUAAAAAACAUCAAAAUGCCAGAAAAUGAAAAUGAUUAUGUUGAUUUAUUUGAUAAAAAAGAAUUCACUGAUAAAAUUCUAAAAAAUUAUAUACAAGAAAAGAAGGAAAAAAGGUAUAUUUGUAAACCUUUUCAUGACGAAACAGAGACAGACACUGAAGCUUCUGAUUAUGAAGAAUGUGUAUCAUUAUCAUCUCCUUUGAAAUAUAAUGAUCAAAUAAAAAUUAAAAAUAGUAUUAUGAAAGGCGAUGAAAAAAAAUGCGAUAUAAACUUAAAGGAUAGUAAUAACAUUGAUUUAAUUAAAAUAAAUAAUUUACCAUCAAAUGAAAAAAUUGGUAGCAACAGCAGCAUCAACAAUACCAAUCAAAACAAAAAAGCCAUAACUUUAUUAUAUGAUACUAUCAUUCGAAAUAUGAAACACAAAUGUGACUUUUGUGAUAAUAUAACCAAUUGUUUAAAUUAUAAAAACAUUUUAAAAAAAAUUGCGAAAUUAGAAAAUAACAUUUUCAGUUUUCAAGAUAAUAACAGAAGAAAUAUAAAAAAUAUUGAAAAUAUGAAAAAACAUAAAUUUUUUUAUCCAAGUAAUAUCUGUAACAAUGUGUACUAUUUUUUAAAUGAAAUAUCAUUAUUUAAUGAGUUCGCAAAUUUAGAUAUAUUUAUGAACAUACAUUUACCCAUUGAACAUUUAUGUUUACCGUUGAAUGAUGAAAAAACAAUUAAAAAUAAAUCUAGUGUUAACUUUUUUUUCAAGCCAAUUUAUUUUUAUUCUUUUCCAUAUAAAAUUAUACACGCAUGGUAUACAGGCCCGUUACACAUUUAUUUAAAACACCCCAAUAUACCCGAUUAUAUUAAGCUUAUUUGUUUAAGAGAAUCAAAUAUUUUAAGAAGAAAAGAAAUAAUAUUUUGGUGCUGCGAAGAUAUUAUAUUAAAAAGUAUACUAAAAAUUAAAAAACUUUUAAAUUGUUCCAAUGAUUUUUUAUCUACGCCAUAUGUGUCACAUUUGAUAGGGAAGCAACUGAUAAUAAGGAAGCAAUAUCUUUUGAACGCAUUUAAAACAAAAAAUAUCCUAUAA